AUGUCCGAGCAACCGCCCCCAAGCACAACCCCUCCUCCAGCCGCCACAGCCCGUGCCAACCCCGGCAGUGGCCCUGGAACGGAGUCUGGUCCUCGGCCGCGCAUUGCCAUCCAGUACUGUACGCAGUGUAAGUGGAUGUUGAGGGCUGCUUAUUUCGCCCAAGAACUCCUCUCCACCUUCUCCACCGACCUCCAAGAAGUCUCCCUCGUCCCUAGCACCGGCGGGAUCUUCACCGUGACAAUAUACCACACCAUCACUCAAUCGCACCCAGAAACCAGUCAAUCCCACCCCGACGGAGGAAACCAAUUCCAGGGCCAAGUAACAGCAACGCAGCUCUGGGAUCGCAAGACCGAUGGGGGAUUUCCUGAAGUAAAAGUCCUCAAAUCACUUGUCAGAAACAUCGUCGCCCCGGGGAGAAGUCUAGGACAUACGGAUCGGGCGUUGAAUAAGGGACAGACAGGUACAUCUACAUCUACACCAACUCCUGCAGCCGCAUCUACUCCUGCAACCAUAUCUACUCCUGCAACCACAUCUACUUCUACAGCGACUUCGACUUUGACUUCGUCGACUGUGCAGGGACAGGGACAAGGACAAGGACAGGGACAGGCAGAUGCAGGAACGAAGGAAUGUGAGGAUUGUCAGUGA